CUUUUCAUAUCUCUGUAGUAGAUCUCGUUUGUAUAAUCAAACCUGUGUUAUGCGACGCGGCACAUGCGCAACAUUCCCUCCGUUUCCCCCUCCUUCCUUGCCAGGUUUUACUUUGCAUUCUAGCGCCCUCACUAGUUCCUAAAGGAAGGCACUUCUACAUCCGGGUCACUCGCCCAGCGCCACUCACAAGAAGUUGGCGGCGCUGCUGUUGCUCGCCCCGAGAGAAACGAAGUGUAGGAAAGUUUGUUCUGACGGCGGCUGAUCUGCAGAGAGAAAGCAGUGGAUCAUUCUCUAACAAUGUUAGAGAUUGAAGAGAAUCUCCAAGCAGCUUUCAAAAAGCUAAGAGUUGACUCAGAAGGAUCCACUGCUUCUCUUUCUGUAAAUGAGGGGGCGCCUGCUAGAGCACAUGUAAGAUCUACAGAUGAAACCAAAGUGAAGUCUGUGGGUGCCUCUAAAGAGAGCUGGCAUUGGUGUUUGAAGAAACCUUUGAGAGGAACGGUGAGGACACAGCGUCGCCGGCGGUCAAAGUCUCCAAUACUCCAUCCUCCUAAGUUUAUCCACUGUACUACCAAAAUGCUGCCUUGUAACCAACCAGUGCUCCAGAACCCAACAGAUGCUUCUGAGAGCAGCAAUGGCCUGGAUGUGUCAACCCCAAAGGAAUUCCCUAAGAAUGAACAGGCCAGUCAUCCCCUCAAUUAUGUUGGCAAGAAACAAAAGGGUGCUGAGCAUUCUGGGGUGCCUAUGGUUGAAAUGCCCAAGAACAAACUUGAAAAUGGCCAUGCUGGUGCUUUUCUUACUUCAGCAGUUCUAAAGGCUGCAGAUCUUUCUGAUUUCCAAUCUGUGUCUGAGCAAAAUAAAGGGAACCUCUGUGCAUGUAAAGACAAAACCUGCCAGUGUAAGCAGUGGCAGGAUAUGAAAGUGUACAUGUUUUCUGGCCCACAAAAUUUUCACCAGUCUGUACCUAAAAGAACAGCACAUGUGCAAGACAAUUCCCAACCUUUGCCAUCAAGAACUCCCUCCAGCGCUCUUAGGUCUUGCUCUGAGCAAGCCAGGGCUCAUGUGGAUGAUGUGACUAUGGAAGACCUUUCAGGGUACAUGGAAUAUUUCCUGUAUAUCCCGAAGAAAAUGUCCCACAUGGCAGAAAUGAUGUACACCUGAUGACAGUGGGCUCUGCUGAACAAAGAGCUUUGGUAUCAGCCUUUGGUCACGCUCCAUCUCAGAAGCACUUGCUCUCCAUGCUUGAAUAAAAACACUUUGCAUCACA